CUCUCUUUCUCUCUCUUUCUCUCUCUUUUGCCAGUUUGACCAGCAAACCAGCCUUGGCCUCUUAUCCAGAGAUCACUAUAGCUGUACUGGGUCCUAUGCAGAGCCAUGUAGAGCAUACAAACAGUUCAUGAUAGACUUAGCCAAGCUUAUCCGCACCGACCGCAGCCUGGUGGUCAACGAGACCCAGAUCAGAGAUGAGGUCACCAGGGUCAUUGAGCUGGAGAAGGACAUCGCCAAUGCCACUGAUACUCCAGAGGACCGUAACAACCCAGUUCUCCUCUACAACAACAUGGAGCUGGGUGUUCUCAAUGCUAACUUCAGCCUGGAGGUCGACACAGAAGUGUUUGACUGGAGUUACUUCACCAGGAAAAUCAUGGGGACGGUCGGCAUCACUGUGCCUGACACAGAGAAUGUUAUCAACUACGCACCUAACUACUUCAGACGGCUCAACCCUGUUCUGGCCAAGUACACCAAGAGAGACCUGCAGAAUUACAUGGUGUGGCGUUUUGUCAUGAACAUGGUGGUGGGUUUGAGCAGACAGUACAGAGACACCAGGAAAGCCUUCCGCAAGGCGUUGUACGGUACCACGUCGGAGGCGGCGGUGUGGCGGCAGUGUGCCAUCUACGUCAACAACAAUAUGGACAACGCUGUUGGAAGGCUGUACGUAGAGGAGGCCUUCUCUGGGGAGAGCAAAGAACUGACUCACGUCAACACCCUCACCCAGACUCACGUCAACACCCUCACCCAGACUCACGUCAACACCCUCACCCAGACUCACGUCAACACCCUCACCCAGACUCACGUCAACACCCUCACCCAGACUCACGUCAACACCCUCACCCAGACUCACGUCAACACCCUCACCCAGACUCACGUCAACACCCUCACCCAGACUCACGUCAACACCCUCACCCAGACUCACGUCAACACCCUCACCCAGACUCACGUCAACACCCUCACCCAGACUCACGUCAACACCCUCACCCAGACUCACGUCAACACCCUCACCCAGACUCACGUCAACACCCUCACCCAGACUCACGUCAACACCCUCACCCAGACUCACGUCAACACCCUCACCCAGACUCACGUCAACACCCUCACCCAGACUCACGUCAACACCCUCACCCAGGUGACUGAGAAUACUCUUCCUUCCUCUCAGACUCACGUCAACACCCUCACCCAGACUCACGUCUAG